AUGCAGUCGCUGUGCAGCCUGCCCAUCGUGCGGUACCAGGAGCCGCAGGAGGAGGACGGGCUGGAGGACAUGACCCAGCUGGAGGACCUCCAGGAAGCCGCAGUGCUGAGCAACAUCCGGACGCGGUUCGAGCGCCAGCUCAUCUACACUUACAUCGGCAGCAUCCUGGUGUCGGUGAACCCGUACCGGCUCUACAACAUCUAUGGGACGGAGCAGGUGCUGCAGUACGAAGGCAGGGCACUGGGCGAGAACCCACCGCACCUCUUUGCCAUCGCGAACGUCGCCUACUCCAAAGUGAUGGAUGCCAAACACAACCAGUGUAUCAUCAUCAGUGGGGAGAGCGGCUCUGGGAAGACUGAAGCCACCAAACUGAUCCUGCGCUACCUGGCAGCCGUCAGCCAGAAACGCAGCACGGCCCCGCAGAUCCUGGAGGCGACCCCCUUGCUGGAAUCCUUCGGCAACGCCAAAACCGUGAGGAACGACAAUUCCAGCAGGUUUGGGAAAUUUGUGGAAAUCUUUCUGGAGAACGGUUUGAUCUGCGGUGCCAUAACCUCGCAGUAUCUGCUGGAGAAGUCCCGCGUGGUCUUCCAGGCCAAGACCGAGCGCAAUUACCACAUUUUCUAUGAGAUGCUGGCAGGGCUGCCCGCCCAACAGCGGCAGCGCUACUGCCUGCAGGGCGCUGAGACCUACUACUACCUGAACCAGGGUGGGAACUGCGAGAUCCCAGGCAAGGACGACGCGGAGGAUUUCCGCCGGCUGCUCAACACCAUGGAGACGCUGAGCUUCAGCAUUGAGGAGCAGAACAGCAUCUUCCGCAUCCUCUCCUCCGUCCUCCACCUGGGCAAUGUCUACUUCGAGAAAUACGAGACCGACUGCCAGGAGAUCGCCACGGUGGUGAGUGCCACUGAGAUCCGGACGGUGGCCGAGCUGCUGCAGGUGUCCCCCGAGGGCCUGCAGAAAGCCAUCACCUUCAAGGUGACGGAAACGCUGCGGGAGAAGAUUUUUACCCCUCUGACCGUUGAAAGCGCCGUGGAUGCCAGGGAUGCCAUUGCCAAGACCCUCUACUCCCUGCUCUUCGGCUGGCUCACGGACCGCAUCAACAAGCUGGUGUACCCGCGGCAAGAGGCCCUCUCCAUCGCCAUCCUGGACAUCUAUGGCUUCGAGGACCUCAACUUCAACAGCUUCGAGCAGCUGUGCAUCAACUACGCCAACGAGUACCUGCAGUUCUUCUUCAACAAGAUCGUCUUCCAGGAGGAGCAGGAGGAGUACAUCCGGGAGCAGAUCGAGUGGAAGGAGAUCCCCUUCAGCGACAACCAGCCCUGCAUCGACCUCAUCUCCCAAAAACCCUACGGCAUCCUCCGGAUCCUGGAUGACCAGAGCUGCUUCCCGCAGGCCACCGACCACACGUUCCUCCAGAAGUGUCACUACCACCACGGCACCAACCCGCUGUACACCAAGCCCAAAAUGCCGCUGCCCGAGUUCACCAUCAAGCACUAUGCGGGGAAGGUGACCUACCAGGUUCACAAGUUUUUGGAUAAGAACUAUGACCAGGUCCGGCAGGACGUGCUGGACCUGUUCAUCAGCAGCAGGACCAAGGUGGUGGCCAACCUCUUCUUCGGCCAUGCCCAGGUGCUGGCCCGGCAGAGGAGCCUGGUGAGGAGGAGCAGCACCAGGACGCGGCGGUACAAGGCCCCCACCGUGGCCGCCCGGUUCCAGCAGUCGCUCCUGGAGCUGGUGGAAAAGAUGGAGAGGUGCAACCCCUUCUUCGUGCGCUGCCUCAAACCCAACAACAAGAAGGAGCCAGGACUCUUUGAGAACGACGUGGUCAGCACCCAGCUGCGGUACUCAGGGAUCCUGGAGACCAUCCGCAUCCGCAAGGAGGGCUUCCCCAUCCGCAUCCCCUUCCUCGUCUUCAUCGACAGGUACCGCUGCCUCGUUGACAUGUGGUCCAAUGUCAUUCCCAACGGCGCCAACUGCGUGGAGAUGCUGAGGAACCUCUGCCCUGUCAGCCCGUCCAUGUACUACGUUGGUGUCACCAAGCUCUUCCUGAAGGAGCAGCUGUACCAGGCGCUGGAGAGCAAGCGAGCCCGUGCCCAUCACUUGGCUGCGCUCACCCUCCAGCGCUACGCCCGCACCUUCUUCAUCAAGAGGCGUUUCCGCUCCCUCCGCCGAAAAAUUGUCCUCCUGCAGAGCCGGGCACGGGGUUACCUGGCCAGGCAGCGGUACCGGCGCAUGCGGCACACGCUCAUCAAGUUCAGAUCAUUGGUGCACAUCUAUGUCAACCGCCGGCGGUACCUCAAG